AUGAAGGAUUCACAAGCAACAUUACUUCCACAUAAACCGCAUGCGCAUGCCCAAGUAGAGUUAAAGAUAUCCUGCACAGAUUUACCUAACUUGGAUUAUAUAUCGAAAACCGAUCCUCAAGUCAUAUUGUUGAGUAAGGACCAGAGAACUCAAAAAUGGAGUAAUACACCGCAUGCAACUGAAGUUAUUGAGAACAAUUUGGAUCCGAAAUUUGUGAAAGGCAUCGUGGUGGAUUACCUUUUCGAGGAACUUCAGCAGUAUAGAUUUAUAACCGUUAACGUAAAUGACAAGCGAAAUCAAGACUGGAGAGAUCAAGAAUUUAUUGGGCAAUUCGAUUGUGAUCUUGGAUCAAUACUGGGUAGUCCAGGAGGUAAGAUUAAGGGAAGACUGAUCUCCCCAAAACAUCAUGGAAAAAAACGUGGAUUCAUAAUUAUAACGGCCGAAGAGGUCAGCAGCUCCAAGAGGGAGGCAAAGCUCCAAUUCCGUGCUCAUAAUGUUGGAAAGGGUGGCCUGUUUGAGACGAAACCGAACUUGUUCUUUACUUUCAGCAGGAUCAACGAAGACAAAACAUUUUCGCCGGUUUAUGAAUCAAUUGAUGUUACAUCAACAAGUCCCUUGUGGCCGGCAUUUACCAUCCGAGAAUCUACUUUGUGUAAUGGAGACCCAAAUAGAACCAUAAUGUUUCAAGUACAUCAACGUAAAAAGAAUGACACACCCUCAAUUCAAGGCCAAUACUCGCUUACCCUCCGAGAAAUAAUGACCGGAAAUCGCAGAUUUCCUCUGCAGUCACCUUCUGGUCAUACCAAAAAAAAUGCAUAUAUCGAAAUUCUUCAAGCGCAAAUCGAAGAACCACCAACGUUCUUAGAUUAUAUUAUUGGAGGUAUGCGAGUGAAUCUCGUGGUAGCUAUCGAUUUCACCACGUCGAAUGGAGACCCUAGAUCAUUAAAGAGUUUACAUUAUGCAUGCGGCACGAAGGAUAAUGACUACCAGAAAGCAAUUCGGAAUGUCGGAAGCAUAUUGGAGAGUUACGAUCAUAAUAGAAGGUUUCCGGUAUACGGAUUUGGUGGUAAAUUCAAUGGUGUACUUUCUCACGUAUAUCCAUUGAAUAACAAUAUGCGUAAUCCCGAGGUUGAAGGAGUUGGUGGGAUAUUAGCAGUAUACUUGAAAACGAUCAGAUCUGUGGAAUUAUAUGGUCCCACAUGUUUCUCGCCGGUUAUAGAGCAAACGAUAAAUAAAAUAGAAGAAAAAUUAAAGACCGGAGACGUCGAUGGGGUAAUUACAGAUAUGGAAGCUACUAUACGGGCAAUAAUAAAGGCCAGUGCUCUUCCUCUGUCCAUAGUUAUUGUUGGUGUGGGUAAUGCCGAUUUCACAGCUAUGAACAUUCUUGAUUCGGACGAUCAUCCAUUAACGCAAGCGUCCAACAACAAAAAGGGACAACCUUUAAAAUCGCAAAGAGAUAUUGUACAAUUUAUUGCAUUGAGAGAUUUCCAGUCGAAAACGGCACAUCACCAUUUACCCAGAGCUGUGCUAGAAGAGAUUCCCGGUCAGUUCAUGAGCUAUAUGAAGAAAAAUAAUAUAAAACCAUCUCCCCCUGUUUAUGUGAAGGCAGAAGAAUUAUUGGUCAGCAGUAAAUUUGACGUCGAGCGAUUUGAUGAGUCACCACCCUAUUAUAGUGAUUAA